GCAUAGAUGGUUGUGGGUUUGAGAAUGGAGGAGAAAAUAAGAGAUGACUUUCAACUCCCCAUAAUAGACCUUCUCUCAUCAAAAUCAAACCGCUCAGCAACCUCAAAACAGAUUGUCAAAGCUUGUGAAGAAUACGGUUUCUUCAAAGUGAUCAACCAUGGCGUCCCACACCACAUUAUUACCCAGAUGGAAGAAGAAGCCCACAAGUUUUUCUCCAAACCCCUGUCCGAGAAGCAGCGGGCGGGGCCCGCCAACCCAUAUGGUUAUGGAUGCAAGAACAUAGGGUUGAAGGGUGACAUGGGAGAAGUCGAAUAUCUUCUUCUCCAGACAAACCCUCAUUUCAUCACUUCUCUACUCCACAACUCUAAUAAAUAUAUUUCUCAAGAUUCAAACAACUUCAGGUGUGCAGUGAUUGGUUAUGUGGAAGCAGUUAGGGAGCUGGCAUGUGAAGUACUGGAUUUGAUUGGAGAAGGGUUGGGUGGGGCAUACCCACCCUCCUCCCACUUCACAGGGCUAAUCAGGGACGUUGAGAGCGACUGUGUGCUGAGGCUAAAUCACUACCCACCCUGCGAUGAUGUUAGGAUUGGGUUUGGGGAGCACACAGACCCUCAGAUGCUGACGCUGCUGAGAUCCAACGGGGUAGAGGGACUUGAAAUAUCGUUGGAGGAAGGGGUGUGGGUCCCAGUGAAGCCACACCCAGAGUCAGCCUUCUGUGUCAACGUGGGUGACGUGUUGAAGGUAAUGACUAAUGAGAGGUUUGUGAGCGUAAAACACAGAGUGGUGAUGAAGUCGUACAAGGCGAGAAGGUCAAUGGCAUACUUUGCAGCUCCACCAUUGGAUGCCACAAUAACAUGCAACUCCCACUCCCACAAUAAUCCAAAUCCAAAUCCAAUAUAUAGAAGCUUUACUUGGGGAGAGUACAAGAAGGCUACAUAUAGUUGUAGAUUAGGGGAUGUUACAGCCCGUCUUAAUCAUUUCAAAAUGCCUCUAUCCCCUCUCCCUCUCCCAGAGGAUUAGCUAGUUGCAGUAGUAGUAGUAGUAGUGAUGCAGAUUUUGUGUACGAUGUAGCUGUAGCAGUAUGAUCCUAUUCCCUAUUGUUCUCUAUUGCUUUUUCAUUUUCAUGUAUGUUUUACUACUAAACUUAUCUAACUUAUGAUCAUUACAUCA